UGACUCGGUACAAAUUAUCUCAAUUGCAUUGAAUGCUCUGGAUGGGCGGAAGGCAGAAAAAACAGGUGGAAGUAAAUUAAUUGAGAUUGGUGAAGUGUUGCUUUUCUCACUCUUUUACUCUUCUGGAGUACUAAAUAGCUGUAGUAAUAUACCCAUAAUAUUGUUUGCUUAUAAAUAGUGCUCCAAACGUCUCAUCUUUCCAUCACAACUUUACUUUUAACUUGUUAGCAAUCCAUUUAACCUCUCACAAUUAGAAUUCUUUUUCUUUUUUUCUUUGCUUAUUUAAGUCCAACGAUGGAGUUGAAGUUCCUUCAUAUCCUUACAUAUCUUUCAUUGGCACUAGUGGCAAGUUAUGCAGCUCUUCCUACAUCGACCGGAGAAACAUAUUGGAAUACUAAACUGCCUAAUACUCCCAUGCCUAAGGCAAUCAAAGAAUCUCUGCUGCCUUCUGGAUUGACAGAGGACAAAAGCACUUCAGUAGAAGUAGGCAAAGGUGGAGUAAACGUGAACGCCGGAAAGGGUCAUCACUCCGGCAGUGGAACAAACGUCAACGUCGGCCAUAAAGGCGUUGGUGUUCACACAGGAAAGAGUAACUCUGGCAGUGGCACCAACGUCAACGUUGGUCACAAAGGCGUUAACGUAAACACCCCGCGUGGAACUCAUGUAGGCGUUGGCAAAGGAGGAGUUGGUGUCACCACCCCUGGCCACAAAGGAAAGCCGCCAGUCUACGUCGGCGUAGGCAAAGGAAGUUCACCGUUUGUUUACAAUUAUGCAGCUAAAGAUGAUCAACUUCAUGAUAAUCCCAAUGUGGCAUUGUUUUUCCAAGAAAAGGAUUUGCACCAAGGGAGUAACAUGAAGUUGCAGUUUGUGAAAACUACAAAUGGUGCUGCUUUCUUGCCUCGUCAAGUAGCAGAUGCUACUCCCUUUAGUUCAAACAAGAUGCCGGAAAUUCUGAACCAGUUUUCUGUGGAUCCAAACUCUGAAGAGGCUCAGGCCAUGAAACAGACCGUCCAAGAAUGUGAAGAACCAGGUGUUGAAGGAGAGGAGAAGUACUGUGCAACUUCAUUAGAAUCUAUGGUUGAUUUCAGCACAUCAAAGUUAGGAAACAAAGUGCAACCAUUAGCAACAGAGACAGACAAGGAAAAUACUCAAUUGCAAAAAUACACAAUCCUAGGAGCCAAGAAAAUGGGAAACAACAACAAUGAUGGGAAAUCAGUAGUUUGCCACAAACAAAACUAUGCAUAUGCAGUAUUCUACUGUCACAAAACAGAGACAACAGAGUCCUACAUGGUCUCAUUAGUUGGUGCUGAUGGAACAAAGGCUAAAGCUGUGGCUGUUUGUCACAAAGACACAUCAGCAUGGAAUCCUAAGCAUUUGGCUUUCAAAGUGCUUAAGGUUAAACCUGGAUCUGUUCCUGUUUGCCAUUUCCUUCCUCAAGAUCACAUUGUCUGGGUUCCCAAGAACUAGAGAUAAUUUAUUAUAUAGUAGAUGAUGAUGUUUGAUUAUCUUCUUAUUUGGGUUGUAUUAUGUAAUAAUUCAGAAUUAUGUCGUGCUUGUUAAACUUAUUUUGUCUUGUUGUAUAAUCAUACUUCAGUAUACAAAUAAAUAAUAUGUUUCACAAUUUCAUACUUA